GUCGUUCUGGUUUCAGGUACAAUUACAUUUUAUAUGCGCCUGCACCUAUGCGUUUAUUAGUUUCUAUCUCUGCAGUCGCCUAUUGACGUCGCUUCGUCGCUUACGAAGGGUCUGUCCUGUUGUCUUGACCCCAAAGCUGCACCCUAGGAAAUUCUUCCAAUUGUGGCCCGAUUUUGUCCGAUACCCCCUCACGCCCCCUCACUUUGAGUGGGGAUCCUUGGCCCUCAAUGAUUUUCUCUCACGCCAGACGUUGUCACCCUCACACGAACUUGAUCUAAGUACUACGGAGUAUGUCAGAUAAAUCUACCACCAUGGAAUUGAGAUCACCCAGUCCUUUGAGGUCGCCCAGUCCUCUACCACCCUCGCCGUCGCCCUCUCCCUCCCCCUCUGACAAUGCCCCUAUGUCCACCACCCCGGAGCCGGAGCCAGAGCCAGAGCCCGAACCAAAACCAGAACCAGAGCUCUCCGUGAGAAUUGAGCCCUCUCAUCCAGCAGCGAUUGAACCUUUGUCACUACCCCCACCGGCCAUAUUCGACUCAUGGGAGGAGUUGUUGAGGUCAGCUUCAACCCAUGCUCGUCUUGCGGGAUACUCUCUCAAGCAGGGCUCCGGCUCAGAAAAGUCCAAGGCAAGGGGGUAUCGCUGGCGAAAAUUCUUAGUCUGUAACUAUCACACGUACCACGACCAUGAUCGCUCCAAGAGAUUCAGAAUACAAUGCCCCGUCCGGAUCAAGGCCACAGAAAAGGCCAAUGGACAAUGGACACUCACUCACAUCAACGGCGUGCAGGCGAAAGGGGGUCAAUGUACUCACAACCAUGGCAUGCCAAGCACCAAGGGAAAACACUUCAACGACCACCCAACUGCAAACCCACCCCGUAAAGCCCAAACGACUUACCAAACACAAACGAAUGGAUACCAACAAAAUCCUUUUCCGAGCAAUGAAUUCUCCUUCAAUCGACCUUUGCAAACCCAAACUAGUCACGACGGCCUUCCUACAGCACCGCCUCAAAAUAAUCCUCCACAACCAUCUUUUCCUACCCAGAUGACCAAGACGAUGGAAGGUCUACUAGCUCUACCGCGAGUUCGUGAGGUACAGUAUUGGAAAAACAGAAAGCCUCCAAACACCAGUCAGAGUUGUAACUAUGAAGCUCUGCUGGGGUAUGAACGGGGAACCGUGGCUCAAAUCACAUGCACUCAUUGUGCUGGCACUCGACCUGCAAGUUCAUUCCAAGAGUGUGUCGUUGUCGAGGGAUUUUUUGAGGGUAGUUGCUGUAAUUGUGCCCUGUACGGAUAUGGUAGUCGGUGUUCGUUUUACAAUGGUAUGUUCUCGGUCACCGGGGCAUUGCAACAUCCAACUAACUAUCGAGAAGGACCCCGCGAAGCAAUGGCGGGAAGUAAUGGAAACUUGGCGGCACAAAGUGCCCCUCUGAGAAAUUUAGCGCCUUUGAGGAGUCCUUCUCCGACAUGGGAGGAAGAGAUAGAGAGGGGAAUGAAGAUGAACGACGAGGACUUAGUUGCGGGAAUUCGGCGAGCAUCGAGAAUAGCUUCCGCUCUGUCGCAAGUCCAAAGACGAAGGAGUAAUCCGCAAGGGCUAUGAAACCUGUUCGAGGGGAAGAUCUCGCCAUUGUCAGAUCAAUUGCUAAAUUUUGGCUUGAUGUAAGAGACCUGUGGCACUGUUCAAAACCAUUAGCUGGACUGGCUUCGGCGAGU